GCCAGCCGUUCUCCAUGUCCUCCUCUCUUUCUAAGCAACAAAGCAAGAAACCGUCGCACGCACUUGGCACUCUGCACUCUAAAACAGAGAUAUAUAAACACACACACGUAGAGAGUGUGAUGGUUCCUAUGGAUAGCAACAGCCCUGUCACCUCUUUCUCUAGCUUAAACUCCUAUUUCCGGGCACUCUCGGAUACUCCGAACCGUUUGGCUCGCCGGGCAUUCUCGGUCUCGACUUCUUUCGAAGAGACGAAUCGGGUUCGAGCCAGGUCCGGAAUCGAGAUGAAAAGAAGCCUCCGAUGGUAUGACUUAGUUGGCCUCGGCAUCGGCGGUAUGGUCGGCGCCGGAGUAUUUGUCACCACCGGUCGCGCCAGCCGAUAUUCUGCUGGCCCUUCUGUCAUCCUUUCUUACGCCAUUGCUGGACUUUGCGCUCUUCUCUCUGCCUUCUGCUACACAGAAUUCGCAGUGGACCUCCCCGUUGCCGGCGGCGCGUUUAGCUAUAUACGCGUAACUUUUGGUGAAUUCUUGGCCUUCUUAGCAGGUGCGAAUCUAAUAGUAGACUACGUAUUAUCAAAUGCGGCGGUGGCCAGAGGUUUCACAGCCUAUUUAGGUACCGCUCUGGGAGUAUCAACUACCCCUUUGAGGUUCACCAUCCAUGGCAUACCAAAAGGAUACAAUGAAAUUGACAUUGUUGCAGUGGCCGUGGUCCUACUCCUCACCCUCGUAAUAUGCCACAGUACACGAGAGAGCUCAUGGUUAAACAUGGUUUUAACUAUUCUGCACAUUUUGUUCAUAGUUUUCGUGAUAGUCGUUGGGUUCUGUAGAGGUGAGUGGAAGAAUUUCACCGAACCCAAAAGCCCGAAAAGUCAUGGUGGGUUUUUUCCAUUUGGUGCUUCUGGCGUGUUUAAUGGUGCUGCUAUGGUGUAUUUGAGCUAUAUUGGUUACGACGCUGUUUCAACCAUGGCUGAAGAGGUCCGAAAUCCAAUUAAGGAUAUCCCGGUCGGAGUUUCGGGCUCGGUUUUCCUCGUCACUAUUCUUUACUGCUUGAUGGCUGCUUCAAUGUCCGCCCUCCUCCCUUAUGACCAGAUAGAUCCAGAUUCGCCGUUUUCUGUAGCAUUUAAGCUCGGAUCCUCGCGGUGGAGAUGGGUGUCAAAUGUUAUCGGAGUGGGGGCCAGUUUUGGGAUCUUGACGUCGCUUUUGGUGGCGAUGUUGGGGCAGGCACGCUAUAUGUGUGUAAUAGGACGGUCGUGCGUAAUCCCUUCAUGGUUUGCGAGGGUACAUUCUAAGACUUCUACACCUGUCAACGCCUCUGCCUUCCUUGGAUUCUUCACAGCAGCAAUCGCCCUUUUUACUGAUAUGAACAUCCUACUGAACCUCGUAUCCAUAGGGACGCUGUUUGUCUUCUACAUGGUGGCAAAUGCGGUGAUAUAUAGGCGUUAUGUUAUAGUGGGAACGACAAAUCCGUGGCCAACCAUUUCGUUCUUGUCCUGUUUCUCACUCACUUCUGUCAUGUUUACCCUCCUCUGGCAUUUCGGGCCAUCAGGUAAGCCCAAGGCCUUCAUGCUCGGGGCAUGUUUCGCUAUGGCAAUUGGAGUUCUACAAGUAUUCCAUUUCAUGGUCCCACAAGCCCGAAAGCCCGAGUUUUGGGGGGUGCCUUUGAUGCCAUGGAUUCCAUCCAUAUCCAUCUUCCUCAACAUAUUAUUGUUGGGUUCUCUUGAUGGAGCAUCCUACGUUCGAUUCGGAUUCCUUUCUGGCCUUUCGGUGCUUGUAUAUGUUCUGUACAGUGUUCACUCAAGUUUUGAUGCAGACGAAGUUGGGACUCUCAGUCAAAAGACUGGAGAAAGUAUGAAGGAAUCCGUUGAAAGUGAUGACAACGCUCUCAAAGCGUAAAAAAUAAAAAAUUUCAAAAUCAUUUUUCUUUUCAAUAACUUU